ACCCUGCUCCUACCCUACUCACCCGUCAGUGGUCAGCAGUCACUCACUCUCCAAUCUCCAUCACUUCACUCGCUCUAUUUUCGCUUCUCUCAAAACAUGAGCUCACUGAGUCAACAACUCGAGCCAUGACUCAGGCACAACACAAACCCCAACGCCAUCGUCACUCCACCUGCCAUCGCCACCCAACUUCCAAACCUAUUACCGGCUUCUGCGCUACGUGUCUCUGCGAACGCCUCGCCGGGAUAGAAAACCAGUCUCCUUCUUCUUCCUCCUCCUCCGCCGUUCCCGCCGCCGCCAUUAACGCCUCGCUUCGCCUUCGACGCACUAAGUCUUGCUCCGGCGGAAACCCUGAGGAAGGUGACGUUUUUUCCGCUGUCUCCGAGCAGCCGCGCCGGAGAUCCUGUGAUGCUAGGGCACACAACACACUCCAUGACCUCUUCUCCGUAGACGACGAGAGAAAAAGGAACACGAUCCGGAAGCCUCGGGUUUCGGAUUUGGGGCUUGAGUUUCCGGAGAAUGUCGAGGAUGAGGAAAGGGGGAAAGAAGAAAUCAGGUCUGCUAAUAAGAGUAAGGAGAGGCUCGUGGUUGAAGACUUCGAGGAUGGAGCUGACUUGAAGACAAUGAAGGAGUUCAUAGAUCUCGAAUGGGGAAAACGUACCAAGAAGAGCACCAGCAGAGAUUUCAAAGAAAUUGCUUCGGUGUUAGGAAAAAAAGUCAAGAAAUGGACGCAAAGGCAAAAGUACAAGAAAACCGAUGAAAUACACAAUGGGGGAUAUGUUGGCGGGAGGCGAUUGAGAGAGACCAAGUCGGAGGUCGGCGAAUACGGACUCGGCCGGAGAUCUUGCGACACGGAUCCGAGGUUGUCCGUUGAUGCCGGGAGGAUUUCAGUUGAUGAUUCGCGGUUUUCGCUUGAUGAGCCCAGAGCUUCUUGGGAUGGGUGUUUGGCUGGCAAGAACUAUCCUCGGCUCACGCCGAUGGAUUCGGUUGAGGAAGACGUUAAGGCAACGCCUGUAAAUUUUGAUGCUGGUAAAGAAGAGGAGGGUGAUGAGAAGCAGAAAAGUCCCGGUGGAUCAGCUCAAACGAGAGACUAUUACGCGGAUCCGUUGUCGUUGCACCGGCGGAGAAGGAGCUUUGAUCGCUCGAAUUCAGUCAAGAGAGGUUUGCUGGAGGUUGAUGAAGUGAAGGCAAUAUCCAAUGCAAAGGUAUCCCCUGAGACAGUCGGAUUGUUCCAUGGAGCAAAACUGCUGGUCACAGAGAAAGAGUUGAGGGAUUCCAAUUGGUAUUCCCUUAAAGAUUAUGGAUCAGAGAGUAUAGAUUCUGCUUCAAAAGCUGUUGGGUAUGCUGGUAAUGAGGUUAGUGAAAAAGGGUUGUUCAGCUUCAAGAAUUCAAAAAUGAGUCGCAGUGUCUGGAAAAUCUGGGGUUUGAUGCAGAAGAAAAGUGAAAGCAAGUGUAGGGAUGAUGAAGAAAAGCCUGUUCCAGGAAAUGUGGUUGAGGGUUCAUUAGCUGAGUCUCUGCAAAAGCUAAGGAGUGUGGCUAAUGGAGAACCCAACGGCAGUGUUAGGCAGAAGCUUAUCCGCAGCUACAGCAUCAGCGCAAGGAACUCCUGUGAUGGAUUAUUUAACAGCAUUAAUAGCAGCAUUGAAGGUGGCAGGAGUUCCUGCGACGGAUUGUACCAUGGAGUGAUUGGUGUCGAGGUCAAAGGUGAUAGUGUGAAGAGGAAAGACAACCUUUUGCUACAGAGGAACCGGAGCUCGAGGUAUUCUCCUAAUAAUCUUGAUAAUAAUGGGCUGUUAAGGUUCUAUUUGACACCAUUGAGGAGCUAUAGGAGAAGCCAAUCUGGGAAAAGUAGGCUAAAGAACUAAAAUUCUAUAGGAGGGAUUGUCAUGUAACUGUUCAUCUACUUGUUAUCCCACUGAAUAUUAUGCUGUAAUUAAUGUGUUUCUCCUUGUUAUUCCAUAGAUAAAAAGCACAUUAUAAUGUUCUGUCUUUAUUUGCUUUCUUUCACAUGUUUUUCUAAUAAUGCAUCAAUGAGAAUCAGAUUAGAAUUU